CGCACGUAGCGCCCGCGCCGCGCGCUCUUUGCCGCGCGAUUUACGCGCCAAAUACCAAUUAAUCAAUAAAGCAAACAAAUAUAAUUAAUUGAAAAAACAUUUGAAAAAAAAAUAUCUCGUUCUUUUUAUGUAUCUUAAAAUAUAUAUUUUUCAAUACAGAAUCUUAGAAUAUUUACAAAACUAAAACUUGUUUAUUUUAUAAGUUGUAAUUUAAGUUAAAUAAUGCAGUGAAAACUGAAGUGAUAAAAGUAAAUGCCUUAAAAAUCUCAGAAUUAAUUAUUUAUUAUGUAGAACUAAAAAACUGUAAUUCUGUACAAUGGAGUUUCCAAAUUAUAAUAAUGUUAGUUGUAAAAUAACAAUGUGGUGUGUUAGAAGUGGAAAACCGAUGAGUUCAAAACUAAUCUAUGCGGGCCUGAUUGUGUGUGCUGUUUUUGUGACAUCGGUGUUUUGUGAUACAGAUUUGUCCCGAUCUCUCACUUACGAGCAAAUCUACAACAGCACACACUACGUCCAGUUAGAACACUACACAACGCCAUACAAAGUGCCCAGCCGAAGGAACAGUAGUCAAAGAUAUUACACCAAGCCGAGAGCAGAGGGAGUCAGGUGGAAAGACAAGUAUGAGCUGAGUGGUCAAGGACAGCUGCUGGUGGGGUUUGCGCGCGACCCCUUCCGACAAUCUAUACCGGAAGCUGAUUAUCGUAACGGAGUAAGAUCGCUAGACCCCCAGCAGUACUCCAACAACGGCGACCGGGGCAAGCGAGGGGUCCUCCACCUGUACAACAUGCUGACCUGCGCCACGGGCUGCGACCCCCUGGACUACAAGGGCUACGGCUGCUACUGCGGCUUGCUGGGCGAAGGCCGGCCCACGGACGGCAUCGACAACUGCUGCCGCAUCCACGACGAGUGCUACGAGAAGUUCCGCUGCCCGUUCUACACGGUGUACUUCCAGCCCUACUACUGGAAGUGCUACCACGGCGAGCCGCUCUGUGCGCUCGAGAACCACUUAGUGCGAAAGGGAGUGAACAGCUGCGCAGGACAACUCUGCGAGUGCGACCGUCGGUUCGCGAUGUGCGUCCGGCGUUACUCCUGCCCUCGCGGGAAGGCGCUGUGCAGGUCCUCGCCACUCCGGCUGCUGCAAAACAUCCUCCUGUCAUACAAAUGACACUGAUACCUGUUCCACGCUGCGCAGGCAGGUCAGCGCUCCUGAUCUGAACUAUGCCUAACAUGUUGUAUUCUGAAGUAGGACAAUAGCUGUUCAAUGGUUUUUUUUUUGAAGUGAUAGCUUCUUUAGCCGUGUUGAAUGAUUUUUGGUGAGGGAAAAACGUAUGAGUAUACGUCAACGGUGUCGCAACACUACAAGUUUUGCUCCUACCAAAAAUCGCUUGAUGUGGCUAAAAGAAGUUAUCACUUCAAAGAUGGUACGGAACCCUUCGUAUGCGAGUCCUACUCGGACUUUACCAGUUGUUUUAAUUAAUUGUAGAUUUAUAAGCAGUCUUUAUAUUUUUAACAGUUGGGUAUUUGUCGCCCGUAGAAUUUGCCAUUGAUUUCUGUCAUACCUAACUUUUCAUUAAAAAUGUAGUUACCAGUUAAAUAUUAAGAUAGUAAAAAAUGCCUACCUACCUAUUUAUUUAAGAACAAAAUAAGUUUAAACUAAUUAUUCAAUUUUGUAAAUACGUGUAAAUAAUGAUUAAUGUCAAUGAUACAACAGCUAUCUAAUUUUAAUGUAAUUGUUUAUGUUAUACGAAUAAUUAUAUUAUUUAUAUUAGUU